UUUGUCUCGUCUUCUGUGCAAAAUUUCCUUUCUGACAAGGACUCGAAUUCAGAGCCCUCUGAAGGCCAAACUUGUCUGUCAACUAACUCAUUUUCCACUCAAUCAGCCGCAAUUUUGUCAGAAGAAUCGGUGAUCAGCAAGGGAUCUAGGAUCGUUGAAGUCUGCCUCGCGAUGGAAGAUGAAAUGAAGCUUCCAAAGCGAAGUAAUGACGAGUUGACAAAAGAAGGCGUUGAGAGAAUAAAAGAAGAGGAUAUAGUAGAAAAAGAAGCCGCACACGAUAUGGAGGAUGAUUUUGUUAUUUGUAACGGCUUCAAGAGGCCUUCUUCAUGCAUGCUCUCAGUUCUGCAGCCUCGGACGAGGUCCAAAUCCUGCUCUCUUCCCCUAUCCGACGAUAACUCUAAGCUUCAGCAUUUGCAUCUAUUGUCAACCAAUUUACUUGCCACUACCACUUCGGGGACAGACUGCGCUAAAGUCGGCCAGUGUCUUAGCUCCACUUUCACUUGCCCUGUUGCUCGGUCAUCCUGUCCUCCUGACGACGAAUCGGCUUCAGGAAAGUCGACAAAAACUGGACGUAACCAGCCUCUCCUGCACAAAGUUUAUCAUCAACAGCACACGAAAAGACAACGAUCAUACACAUGCCGGCCUCACUCUCGUCAGUCUUCGGAUCUGUUGCUGUACGAGACGGAAGAGAGCGGUGGUACGGGUCACGGUGAAUCCAACCCGGAAGUCAAGACGUCUUCAUCGCAACUACGAGAACCCAGUUUGCAUCGAAUUCCCUCACCUUCAGGGCAGACCAAACUCUCUCGAUUCAAUGCUCCUACAACGAGUCCUCUUCGUUCAGCAGACGCACAGCGGUCUCAGCAAGAACUGCUUUUGCACAAGCUCAAUCACUCUCGGAGUAUAAGAGAGCUGCCACAACACAGUCAUCCACUUGCUACCUGCACUGGGACAGGAGUUUCACAAGUUCACAGCCUGAAAUGA